AUGGGACCAGAUGCGAGGAAAUCGUUUGCAGCUUUAAGAAAGAAAUACGGAGAUAUCUUUAGUUUAUAUAUUGGUAACAAACAUGUUAUAGUCAUCAAUGGAUACGAAGCUUUACGAGAAAUUUUUGUUAAAAAUGGCGACGUGUCGAGCAACAGACCAAAAAUGGCGAUGAUGGAAGUCAUGGGCAACUAUAAAGGAGUUGUAACAUCCAUGGGUCCACUAUGGCGGGAACAGAGAAGCACGGCACUGGCAGCACUCAGGAAAAUGGAUUUCGGGAAACAAUCGCUGGAGGUCAAGAUUCACGAAGAACUCGGCUACUUACUGGAAGCAUUUAGUGCUAAAAAUAGAGAAGCGUUUGAUCCAACUCAUCUUCUUAGCGCCAAAGUUUCAAAUAUCGUCUGCUCAAUGUUGUUUGGUGAUAGAUUUGAAUACGAGGACGAGAAAUUCAAAUUAGUUCUGCAACUCAUCAAUGAUUCCCUAGCAACAGCCGGAUCUGUUGCCGCCAUGAAUUUUUUCCCGCUCUUAGCACACCUGCCAGGCGAUAUCCUGAACAUUAAAAGUUUAUAUCAAAUGAGAGACACAUACGAGAAGAACGUAUUGGACCCAGUAAUUCAAGGGAUACGGGAUAAUUACGAUCCCAAUAAUUGUAACAGUUUUGUGACUCAUUACUUGAAAGAAAUGGAAAAUCAGAAGAAAAAUAACCCAGCAACAACCUUAGACAUUGAGAAUCUCAGAGCAAUAUGUACUGAUGUGUUCGGUGCAGGAACAGAAACAACGUCGACUACAUUACGAUGGAUUCUUCUAUAUUUCAUCCACCAUCCAGAGAUCCAGGAGAAGUGUUAUAAGGAAAUUGUAGAACAUGUUGGGACUGGACGAUUACCUGCCAUGAAGGAUCGUGAUAAUCUAGUCUACAUACAAGCCAUUUUUACUGAAGCUUUAAGAAUCUCGGCUGUUCUACCAUUUGGUGCUCCCCAUUCAGUUAAAGAGGACAUGAAAUUUAGGGAUUUUUACUUCCCCAAAAAUUGUCUGAUGAUCACCAACAUUGAUUCCGUAUUAAAUGAUAAAGAAAUUUGGGGCGAUCCGGAGAAUUUUAGACCAGAACGUUUUAUUUCCGAAGAUGGAAAAAUCAUAAAGAAAGACGAAUUCAUUCCAUUCUUCAUUGGCCGUCGAGUAUGUAUGGGAGAAGCAUUAUCACGAAUGGAAUUGUUCUUGUCAAUAGGUGCAUUGGUUCAGCAAUUCAGAUUCGAACCCGAGGGAGCCAAACCUCCUGUGAUUAAAGGACAUUUUGGAAUCACGUACAGUCCUAUGGACUAUAAACUGAGAGCUAUACCUCGGGAAUAG